CACUGAAGAUUUCAUCAUACAUGCAGCUUGUUCAUCUUUUCGUGUCGGGACUUAUCGCCGUGGCAGCUGUUGACGCGUCGUCGCUUCAGACUGGCAAGUGCGCCGUGGCAUGCCCUCCGCUCAAGCAAACCUACUGCGCGCUCGAGUCGCCCAGCGCCACAACUUUUGUCGGCACGUACUCUAGCCAGUGCAACUGCCUCGUCGCCAAGUGCGGCAACAAAAAGGUCCAGUGCCUCUCGGCGUCGCCAGCCAAGAGCUGCGACAACUCGUGCACACGCAAAAUCGCCAAGUGCAAGCCCAACGAGGUCAAGCCCGUGUGCGGCUCCAACGGCGUGACGUACGACAACCUGUGCUUUCUCAAGGCCGCGCGCUGCGUCAAGCCGGACAUUCAGUUCAUCGCACCGGGCAAAUGCCCCAAGAAGAUGACGACGUGCGGCAUCGCCAAGUGCCCGUUGACAAAAACCAAGGUGUGCGCGUCCAUGGACGGCGGCAAGACGGAGCUCAAGUACCAGAACCAGUGCUUUCUGGAUGCGGCGACGUGUGUGAACCCGCUGAUCAAGAAGAUGGCGGCGUGCAAGGCGCGACGGGUGCUGUCGGUGGCGGCCAGCAACACGACGAUGACGGUGGACGAGGUCGACUCGGAUCUGGACGAGGAUGUCGGCAACUUGGUGAUCCCGGACAGCAACUUGGAUGAUGACGAGGAUGAUUUCCUCAUCAUCGAUGACCUCAUGGACCCGUUGACGGUGGUAAACGAUACUGUUCCUAUCAGUAUGAACACGUCAGCGCCAAGUGUGUCGACGGCGGUACCGUCCAAGAAGUCAUCUGCCACGCAAUUUGACGGAGCUCUAACGUGGGCGGUGCUGGCGACCGCGACUGUCCUUGUCGCCGCGGUGUAGAACGACCCUUUUAUGGACCCUCUCUUUUACGGCUCGACCCUACGACCAUACACAGUGUUUACAUCUUAUUUG